GACAUAUAAAAAUUUGAAUCGUUGUCAAAUGAGCCUUGAUUUUAGAUACUUUCUCCAUAAAUAUAUUAGAAAUUUACAAUAAUGUUUUCAAAACUCCUAAAGCCCGCUAUUCAAGCCCGUAGUGGUUAUUCUCUUCUGCAGCGAAAGAAUUCCCCACUAAUUACCGUAGUGCGACGCUCCGGCGAGCUGAUUCCCCCCACGCAGUAUGACGUGCCCAUACCUAGGAAGUUGCACCUGUCCUACGCCCUCACCAGGUACUGGGAAAUAAUCCCUCUGUUCCUGGUCACCAUGACGUCAUUGACUCUGAUGUGCGCCUCUAUCGCAUGGGCAUGUAGAAAUAAAGUGGACGUAGUUUUCUCUAGUCGGAGCCGAGACAACAUAUCGCGAACUAUGAACCUGCGGAAGCCAUCGAUCCAUAAGUUGCUGGUGAUCAACGACCGUUAUGAACCUUGGCCAGAGAUGCAGGCCGCGCUCGACAAAAUGGUGGAAGCGGAGAAGCGCGCCCUCUCGCGGCUGCAAUCCUGCAAACACGCUUAAACUGGCACCUUAUCUGAUAUGUCUAUGGUUUUUUUUUGUUUUU